CCAACUGGGUUUCUGCGGCUAGGAGGGUUAAUCAAAUCAUAUAUUUAAUUAAUUACUCCUAUUUAGGGGAGUUUAAGUUUAAACUCCUAUUUUGAGGAUAUUAUCCAUGUUUUACUCCUAUUUAGUAGGUUUUCUUUUUUAAGAAAUAUUUGCACUAAUAUUUGGGUAAAUUUGCAUAGAAUUUAAAAAUAAAAUUUAUAUAUUUAAAAAUCAAAUCUAAAAUUUUACAAAAUCAUAUGCAUCAUUAUUAUAUUACUUUAUCAAAUAGGUACUGAAAAUAAAUAUUGAAAGACGUUAAAAUUUGACAAUAUAAAUAGUGAAUGAAUAACUUAAAGUGAGAUGGAGACAAUAUGUACUAAAGUAGAAUUAGUGAAGAAUUAAUAAGAUCUAGUAGUAGUAAGAUAUUAAGUCGAGAACUAAUAAAUAAAAGUUGGAGAAUUAUCAAAUACUACAACACAAAUUAUGAAAUCACAGUGCGUGCACUAACAAUUCUUAGUGUGCGACUUAAGAAAAAUAAGUGUGCCCUAGACUCCGCCUAGAGCACCGCUCACGCAUUGAGUUUGUCAAUUUGCAAAUGGCACGCGGAUCCUUAAUAUGCGUGAGUUACGAGUUCUAGGAUAAAAAACUAUAUUUAAUUUGUUAAAUGCAUUACUAUCUCAUUCUAUAGCACAUCAUUUGGAGAUCCUCUCAUUUGAGUUUGUGUAUUCCACUUUUUGUUGUUGUUGUUGUUGUUGUUGUUGUUGCUGUAUGUCUAGUUUUCCUUAAAAAACUACUUCCUCCGUUUCAAAAAGAGUUCCUACUUUGAAAAAGUGGAAAAAUAAGGAAGUGUUAAAUUGUAGUUGACUUCCAAUUUUGUCCUUGAUGUGAUGGGUAAAAGUAAGAUGUGAUAGGUAUAUUAUUAGAGAAAAAUAUGAUGUGAUAGGUAGGGUAUGAAAAAGUAAGGGUAAAAAUGGUUUUUUAAUAAAAAGUGGAAGUGUUUUGUUGGAAGUGAAAAAAAUGAAAGAUGAAGUGUUUUUGAGAAUGGAGGGAGUAGUACAUAUAAGACAUGGAUAGUACUAGCUCCAAACGAGUUUCUCACCCACGCCUAAAAAACAAGAAUUAAACUAUUUGUAAUUCAAAAGUUUUACUCCACUUUGUAUUCCAAAGACAUACACCAAUAUUUUAUAUUAAUGUAAUGCUAGUGUUAUAGUUUAUAAUAACAGAAAAUGUCGAUGCAAUUUUUUUUAAUUAUACUAGCAUUUUAUGCUAGCUAGUGUGAAUCCUAAAAAUAUCGAUAUAUCUCUUAUUCUCUUUGAGAUACAAUUUGAAAUAUAUUUUAGGGUGUACCACUAGCAUUUUUGAAGAAACUAAGUAAACCUGGCAAAAAAUGACCCGACCUAUUUUUGACCCGAGACCCGACCCAAAAAUACUGAGUUUUGAACAAAAAUUUUGCUGACCGAACCCGAAGUUGAUCGAACCCGAAAUUACCAGUUAAAAAUGGUUUUUUAUUCGUAAUAUUGAUAAUCGCUCAAAAAUGACUAAAGAUUUCAAAAAAUAAAUGAAAGUCAUAACCCAUUGGGUCAACCCAAACCCGAUAACAUUGGAACAUAUGAACAUGUAGCUCUCAACUCGAACCCAAAUUUACCCGAACUCGAAGUAAUCUGAACUCUAGAUUGAAUAAUUCGUGUAUUUUUUCAGUGGAUAAAUUUUUAGGUAGCACUGAAGUAUACAAGACAACUUGCUUUUUAAUUAUUUUGCGUGAAUCACCUUGUUUCAGAAGAUCAUCAUAAAUUAUUAAAGUGUGUCUUUCCUUAUACAUAAAAUACUCAGCCAAUGAUCCUGAUGAUAAUACAACUGAAAAAGAACCUAAAGAUGAUAAGAGUUAUUCGAUACGAUAUUCGCACCAAUCUGAUUUUCGUCACCAAUCACGAUCUUAUUUGGUCAAAACCCUAGCGACAAAUUCCUAUUUUCCUUUCAUUACGAUAUUUGUGAACAAGUUACUGGACAAGAAUCCUCCUAAAUUUAUUUUUGAUAUCGACAAGGUAAAUAUUACCGCAAGAUUAGAAAUUUUCAGAUGUAAUAAAUCCAAAAAUCCGAUAUUAAGAGCAAUCUGUUAUGAAAUUAAUGAUUGUUCAUUUAUUCAAUUAAUCAGGCCUAUUUUCUAGAAUAGUAGAUUAAGACAACCAUUGAUGAGUAUCAAUUAUGUACAGUACUUCCCAUUUGUAUUUGUAUCCAUACCAAGGCUCUCCACUAUAAAUAGAGGCCUAAUCCUUGCAUUGUAAUCACAAUUAAGAACAAUAGAAAGAGUGAAGAAUCAAUAUAGAGAAGAAAUCAGAAAUAUAUCAUAUUUAUCUUCCUAAUCUCUGAGUAGUUUUUCUCUCAUUAGAUAACACGUUAUCAGCACGAAUUGCUCAAAAUCCCAGAAUCCUUGUUCUUCUCAGAAGGUAUAUUUAUUUUAUUUUCUUCAUGAACAAAUUAAAAUAUUUUCUUAAAAACUAUGAGAAGUAUGCUCUGUGAUUGCCCAAAGUUGGGAUCCUUCACAUCAGAAACUUAUACUUAUAAAAUUAAAAUUAGAUAAUUAAAAGGAAGAAGUUUCCUCAUAAUAAAAAAAAAUCAUUUUUUUUAUAAACUAAAACAAAGAGUAGAUUUAAUACAGAGUAUUUAAGAUUGAAAAAAAAAAUUAUAUUUUUUUUAAAAAAUAAAGACUACUCUUGAAAAAAAAAUAUUAAAAUCAAGAUAUGAUGAACUUACCUUCCUGCUACUCUUGAAUCCUUCUUACACUUUAAACGUAGACGCGGAAAUAACCGCAACAAAGGGCCGAACAGGGGCUAUAAAAAUCCAAAUGGAUCAUCCUCCAAAGAAAAGGGAAAAUUCAAACCACCACAGGCCAAAACUUAUGAAAAGCCAAAACCAAGUGGUGAAUGCUACAAAUGUGGCAUAAAAGGACACUGGGCGAAUGAAUGUCGAACGGCAAAACAUUUGGUUAAAUUAUAUCAGGCUUCCACAAAAGGAAAAGAGAAAAAUGUGGAAGCUAAUUACGCUGAUGAUAUCAAUCCAAUUUUGCCUAAAUUUGACGUGUCCGAUUUCUACAUGGAUGAUGCUGAAAUUGGGGCACCUGAUAUAUGUACCGAGAUUGUGUCUCUCUCACUCCAACAAUAAAAUUCAUUCAGAAAACACCUCCUUUACCGCUCUACCCUUCUGCCAUUUCAUCGGCUUCGCACCACGUUCUGGAAGAGAAAUGCCAGAGGAUAUUUGUAUGAGUCUUGAUCACAAGAGAAAAAUAAGUUCUGAUGGCUUAACUGCAAACCCAAAGAGAAGAGAAGUCAGCAAUAAGGAGGAGACAUCAGAUGAGGAUAAUGACAAUGAAGAUGAAGAGAUGGUGCCAGAUUCCCCAUAUACUUCAGAAGACUCAAACUUUUCUUUAGGAGACAUAUCUUGGAUUCACUUUAUAUUGAAUCGACAAUUUGUUGAAGUCUUGUCUAGGAAGGUAGAAACUGAUUUUGAACUCAAGCAGCUUGCAAAAGAGCUUUUUCAAUCCCUUAGGAAUGCUGUUGAAGAUGGUGAACAAGUAUCAAGUAUUGUUGCCGGAGUGAAAAAGCUUUUUGAGAGUGAUGUGUUUGUUCAAGCGUGUGUUGAGACAUAUAUGGAGGAUCCGCACUUGCUUGUUGAGUUAGAGCCUAACUUUAACACAGAAGGCAAAGAACAAAUGGAAGCUCUCAAGAGGGACAUGUUGUUCCCAAGCAUUUUGCAAGAGACUCAAACCAAUGCCAUUAUUAGAGGAGUCCUGACUGUUGUGUUCGGGUACUGGAGCGAUAAAGAUUGUUACAAUAAGGUGUCUGAAGCAGUUAAUAAAGAACUGCAGAAACUUCACAAACCUAACAACGAACCUCCAGUGAGGAUGGUGUAUCAUGAUAUUCCUAAUAUUGAUGUCUCUCCCGACAUUGAGGGGUUGAAAGAAGCGUUGGCUAUUAGAUAUCGAGAUGAUCCUAACCAAGAUUACAAUCAUAUAUGUGAAGAGGUCGAUAGCAACAAGUCUUAUUUUGAGGAGAAGCUGAACCUUAGCUCUGUUGUACCUGGCAUGAUCCCAAAGCGGAUUACAAGGUUGGUAGUUGCAUGGUCUGGCAAGUCUUUGAAAUUGGGUGGUAUAGACUUCGUGGCUAGGGAAGAGCAGAAUCCCUAGCCUGACUCUGAUGUUGGGCCGAGCUUUUUAUCGGUUUAGUUGGUGUUUUUAGGAUAUAUUUGGCCAGACAUUUUUAAUCUGUGACUGUAACGUAGUGAUACUUGUUGAAGACCUUAUAAUUUUAUAUGAAAAAGUAAAGUCCAAUUCCUUUUAUCUACUGUAAAAGCCAUUAAUGAACUUGAGUUGCCUUG